AUGUGGGACGGCGAAGGCGCCAGCGACGGGAUCGUCCCGCCGCAGAUUUCCAACGAAAUGCACCAACUCAUCGAUGAAAUGCGUCGGUUUUCUCUCAUAUUUCGGUUCAUCAUGGGUAGAACGGAAAAAGUUCCUUCCAAGGUCCUUCAGAAGGAGCCGAAAAAGUUGUGCCGAAAUCUCCAAAAAUUAUGGGAAGAAUUAAAGCAAAAAAGCUUCAAAAAAUGAAACUUCCAGUUUAUUUUCUUUUUUAAUUCUUUCUGUUCUCCUUUCUUGAUAUGAAGGAGCAUAUAAGCAAUUUGCGCAAAGGUCAUUCAGCGAAAAUAUAUUUUUCCCUUCAAAUUACGGUACACACUGAUUUCGAAAAAAACUGUAGAAUAACAGCUAAAAAAUUUGAUAAAGUGAAUUUAAAAAAAAAGUUAUGAAAUAAUUUUUCAGGCCUUCAAGAUUUCGAUUCAAUACGAUUCGCAACAUAUCGAGCCGCUUGCAAAUUACGAUUCAUCCAACAGAAAACUAACGGUGAGAUUUAUUUUCUGAAUUUUUACGCUGCCUGUAUUUUUUCGGGCUUAUAAGAAGCAUAUGAAUUAUUUCAAAAAGCUUUUGAAGGGAAACGUUGGUUUUCGUUGAAAUUACGGUAGAAAUUGGUUUAGAUGUAAUCUAGAAUCAUUAUUUCUCGUCGGGUUUUCAAAGGAGCAUAGGAAUAACUUUUAAAAAAAUUUUUAGGGCGAAACUCCUUUUUUAGGUUCAAAUAACAGUAAACCUCGUUUUUGGUUUUGGGUUCAUUAUGAGUCUACGGAGAAAAAAAUACUCUGAUCGCCGUUAGAAAAAAAUUUUCUUCAAUAACUUCUGAACCUCUUAUUUUUGCAUACUAUUUUGCUGAUCCUCUUAUGUCAUUAGUGAAUUAACUUCGCACUUUUUUUUUCGAAUGAGCUGAAUUAUGGCGUUUUUUUUCCUCUUUUCUCAAAAAAAAAUCAGAUAUUUCUCAACAAUCAAUACUAAUUUCUGUACACUCAGUAAAAAAUGACAACUAUUCGACAAUGGAAAAUUCCAGUUUUUCUGAAAUAAUCGAGGAAAUUUUCAGUGCAUUUGGUCGACAUCUGGAACAUGAUCGAAUCGUUUCGCGAGAACGGCCUCAACGCGAUGCCUGUUCAUGCUUUGGUCGGUUUUUGUUAUGGGGAAAGAUCCGAAAUUAGGAAAAAAAGCGAAUUCGAAGCUAACAGACAGUCGAAGAAACGGAAAAUAGGAACCUGAAAAAGAAAAUGUUGAUAGGGCUCUUAAUAGUCAUAGAGAGAGUGCCUGAAUUUUUUUAUCAUUUAUCAGCUCUUUUCGCGGCUUCUCAACACUUUUUCAUUUUAUGAUGUCUAGAAAGUCCGCCUUUUUUGUGAAUUUCUCGUUUUUUCUUAAUUUUCCCAAAUUUUGACUUACACUACUCCCAGAAACCGUCUCAAAAAAGCAAGACUUUUUUCAAAAAAUGAGCCAUGAACAUUUCAGAUCAAAACCUCACGCCUAGAACUACUUCUGACGACAAUUUUCCACAAUUUGAACAAGCGGCUAGUCGCUUCUCAGCACGUCGACACGGAUUCUUCCAUUUCGAUGCUUUUGUCGUUUCUUCUCGGCGCCUAUGACAAGUUUGUUUUUCAAAACCGAGUUCAGAGGCAAAAAAUCGUUUGGCCGCACGGAGAAUGGCUAAAUAAUCUUCAGUUUUGAUUGAUUGAAAGAAAAUAUUUUGAUUAGAAAAAGUUAGGAAAACUUCUCGAAAAUCUGAUCUUUUCAGAAAUUCAUUAAAAAUUUGACAUUUUCAGACAAAACUCGGGCCGGUUAACAGUUUUCUCGGUGAAAAUCGCUUUGGCGACAAUUUGUGCCGGUAAACUGGUCGAUAAAUUGAGAUGUGAGUCUGUUUAUUCUUUUCAAUUUAUGAAAGAAAAAAGAAUUUAGACAUGUUCUCCCAAAUCGCGGACGCCAACGGUUACAUGGACCACGUCAAAUUCAUCGACUUUUUACAGCAGGUUUUUUUUUAAUGGAAUUGGGUAUAGUCCGUCGACUGGACAGUUUUCGGGUGUCUGCGUCUCCUGUUCCCUCUUCUACGAGGUCAGAGAAACACGAAAAAAUAGCGCGUCAACAAGAGGGGGUCGUCGAGAGACGAGGAGGGCGCAGAGAAGUCCUGCCCUUUCAAGUCGCUAAAAACGGACUAUAUUUUUAUUAGAAUUCUGAAAAUGAAGCAGCUGGAAAUAGUUUAAAAGGAACAGCGUGAUUAGUGGAGAUUUAUAUAGUUGUACAAAAAACUGCUACGGAGUUUCAAAGAGGUCUCUAUAGGUUUUGUUGUUCUCAGGAUCCCUAUAGGAGGCAGUUUAACGGUACCCGACAGCGUUCAAGGGCUCCUUGUAGUCAUAGCCUAGGGACCCCUAUAAGGACCGCCCUGAAGUUACUCAGUAGUUCUUGUGUUUUCUAGAGGCGCAGAAAGUCAAACUGAAAUUUCGUUGGGAGAUUCAUGACACAGACUGAUUUAUUAAAAACUCCUUCAAGAAAUGCUGAAACGGGAAAUUGCAGGUCCUAGCCCUGACGACGGCGGUUUUCGAGGCACCAACGUUUGGAUUUUCUGAAGCGGCCGUCUCUCAAUGCUUCCACAAGGUAGGCGACCGCGACGCACGGCCGCAUUGCAACCAACGAUUCUCAGGACGAGAAAGUGACGCUGAACAUGUUCUUGGACACGUUUCUCUCAGAUCCCUGCCCUCCUUGCAUCAUGUGGCUGCCACUUUUGCACAGGUCAACUACCUUUUGUUUGAGAGUAUUUUGCUCACAAGGAAGCUCAUUUUACUUUGCGGUCGGGAAUUUCCUAAAAUUUGGCCAAUUUUGAUGUACCAAAAGAAGAUCCUGAAAGUCUUAAACUACACAUAUUCCUAGUUUUCUUGAAGGAUUCAAAGUCCCAGAAUAGCCUUUCUGGGGGUUUUGAGGGCUCUCUUAUAUUUUGAGGUGUCUUUUCUCAAAAAACUAGAAAGAUGUACAGUGAUGUACACUUUCAGAUUUUUAUUUAAUACAUCAAGGAUUUUCCUGAGGAAUUUUCGUUUUUCCCAGUUUUAAAGUGAAACGAUUUUUAUUGUGAGGAAAUUACUCAAAAUUUCAGUAAACUCCCCUUUUUCCCCUUUCAAAGGGUCAAAGUUCUGAUUUGAUUUUCUACAGGAUGGCGGCCGUUCAACACGUCUACCACCCGGUGGUUUGCGACGCCUGUCAAGUCAGAUCUUUCACCGGAUUCCGGUACAAAUGCCAAAGAUGCGCCAAUUAUCAACUGUGCCAGAGUUGCUUCUGGCGUGGCAGGACCAGUCAGAAUCACUCGAAUGAGCACGAGAUGAAGGAGUACUCCAGCUAUGUGGGUUUUCGUCCAAAACAAAAAAGUCCAAGAGAGAAACUUGAAAAAGCGGCUACCAAAAAAAAUGUAAAAAUCAGACAAGAAAAAUUUUACAAACAUUAUUCAAGUUUUAAAGCUUUCAUAACCAAGAAAAAUCUGUAGAAUAUCUGAAAAAAAAGUUGGUAAUAGACCUUUUUUUCUGUCAGAGACCAAUCGACGCAAGGAAAAUUAUAUUUUAUUCAAAAAAAUAUUCUGUUUUUUUAAUCACUUUUUUUCUUUGAAGCUUCUCCUCAAGUUUUGGUCUCAAUUUCCAGAAGUCGCCAACGAAACAACUGGCCCACUCCAUCAACAAAAGCCUCCAAUGCAUUCCGACGAGCGCGGAAAAGUCCGGCGACUUCUUCACGGAAAAGCCUCAGAGGCCACUCAACCUACAGAACAUCGUCCCGGCCACGCCGACUACUCUCAGGUAACAUUUAGAAAAAAUAUGUAUUUACUGGCGAAAAAUCAAAAAAUCUUUUCCAGAUUUUGGGACAGCCUUUGAUUAUUUUUUAAAAGAAAUCAUCAUAUCUAGCUCCCAAAAAGACUUGAAAGCUUUGCGAAAAAAUAAUUCCGAUUUCUGAAAGUUUUCAAUCUUGUUUUUUUCUCCGAAAUUCAAUUGAAAAAUUUUAUAAUAAUCCGUCAAAAGUUCUGCAAAAUCAUCAUAUUUUGAAACCUUAUUUUCAAUUAAAAUUUGUUCUACGAUCAGGAAAUAUUUUCAAAUGACAGACUUUCGAGAAAAACUCGCAAGAUAUUCCUUGAAAUACAAACUAACGAGUUACCGCAAACUUACCUCGCAGGCCUCUUUUGAGUACUGAUAGGGAUUCAGUCUGAGUUUCUAGUAUAUUCACGGAUAGUUUGGAUUGUUAAAGGGGCGUGGCCUGUCUACUCUCUUCACUAGACAGGCCUUAUCUCUUCAAUUACCGUGCCAGGACCCUUUUUUCGAUGGCUCAAGCCAGCCGCGAACCUGCUAUAUCCUUCAGAGACCACACUCUCGUACAAAAAAGCCUCCCGAACAGACCAAAGCUCGUGGAAAUCAAAAAAGGACGUUUGUAGACGACAGCACGCGGCGAAUUCCAUGUCGGACUGGCCUCAGUCGCCGGUCCUCCUCCCCGGGCAGAUCUCCCACAGCGGCGUCAUCGACGACGAGCACAAGCUGAUAGCCAGAUACGCCGCCAAGCUCUCGGGCAGGGCCGACGUCCGUGCUCCAUUCUAAAUAGCUAUCAGAAUGCUCUCUAUUUCCAGUACCCACUCUCCGGGGGUCGGCACCCGUCGACGUCCUCGCAACCAAUGGAUGAACGUAGUUUGAUCGCCCAGCUCGAAGAGGAAAAUAGCAUGAUGAUGAGGGAGAUGGCAAGGCUCGAAAGUCAGGUAAAAUCAUAUGAAAAGUUCAACGCCUUGUUGACCCCUCCCUGAGUAUCUUGUAACUGUUAAAUUUGUGGAGAAUUUUUGAAGUGAAGAAUUUUCCAAAGAAACUUUUGAAGAAAUGAGUUUUUCCAGACCACUUCCGACGAUGGUCAGAUAGUCGGACUUCGAGACCGGAAAAUGGAGCUGGAGGAGAAGAUGUUCGAGAUGCAGCAGAGAAGACGCGAGCUUAUGAUGCAGCUCGAACAGCUCAUGGCUCAGCUCAAUGUCAGUUCAUUUUACAGUUUCAAAGCACUUACAAAAACUUGAAAAAAAAUUUUCGCGAUGUUGUUGCAAGCUAGAACUCUCAAAACCAAACGUUUGAAAAAAUGAAAGUUUGAAAACAUGAAAAAGUUUGUUUUCAACAUUUCGAAACAAUCUCAUUUUCAAACAUUGAUCGAAAACGGCCACAUUCAAAUUGUUCAAAUUAUGAUCAAACGUUUUCCGACCGAUAAACGAACGUUUGCUUUUCCGAUCAAACUUUUUUCAAACAUUGAAUGAAUUUUCGUUCCGAUAAAACAUUCGAGUUCGAAAUUUCAAUCAAAGGUCGGUUUCAAUGAAAGUUUGAAAAAUGUUUGGUGGAACGUUCGUUCAAACGUUUGGUUUUGAGGACUCUAUUGCAGGCUCAUUUUCCUCACAAGUUUGGUAAAAUCCAUUAAAAACACACACGGUCGAGACCUUUUUUAAAUAAAAAACGUUUUUUCUGAUUAAAAGCAAGCAAGACAUAUUGAUAUAUCAAAAAUAGACGUUUUCGAGGAAAAAGUCCUACAGACUACUGCUUUGAACAUAUUCAAUUUCAUUAAUUUCUGAGAAAGAAACUAAAAAUCUUCAUCUUUGAACGCUUUAGCCUUCAUCAAAAUGCAAAAAAAGAACUUGAAAUUUUCUAGUCGACACCGGUACCGACAGGAACUGGCGUGUCCUCGGCCUCAUUAUCUCAACUUCCUUUCAUUGGCGACCAACUUUCCGGAGUCAAUUCCAACGUUUUGACGGCUUUCCGGGCCGGAAGCCUUCCGGCGACCUCCCUUCAGGUACAAAUUUUCAAAAAGAUCAUAAUUUGAAAUAUGGCUAGAAGUUCUAGCAAAACAUUAUGCUCUAAAAAGGAAUUUUUUCAUCAAAUCAUUCUCAUACACAAUAUUUUUAUGAGACGCUUCCAGAACGGCAAAGUGGGACGUUAAUUAUUCUUCGAUUUUCAAAGAUCGGUAUUAUUCUUCAAAACGAAAAGGCAAUUUUGAUCUGAUAAGAACAAAUUAAAAUUCAGGGCGAUCUUCUACACGCAGCCGAUGAAAUUACUAACAAUAUGAGCGAUUUGGUACGACAACUCGAUCAAGGUUUUUUUUUAAUGUUCUUAAAUUUUAUACUGAAAGCCUGGAUAAUGACAGAUGAAGCUGUGAAAAACCUGAAAGUGUCCGAAAGCGAAGAAUCAACGGCGACCUGAAGAGACGCCAGAGAAAUUAGUGACGUCUGGUUUCUCUGGCGCCUCUUCAGGUGGCCUUUCCUCUUGCAGUUUCUAUUUUUAUUGGUUCCUAUCUUCAAGCUUACUGAUAACGUCUUAAAAAAUAAUUAAGGGAUAAGAGUAAAAAAAAAGAAAGUGAGAGACCACGACGGCCAAAAGAGACGUCAGAGAAAUCAAUUUUUAUAUACACCGAUUUUCAGCUCAAGCUCAAGAGAACGGCGUGAUGCUCAGCAACGGUCACUGA